ACUACGCCACCUCCUCUUUAAACGGGGGUGCUCACAUUUAAAAACCAGAAAUCUGUCUUUUAUUUUGUGUACGGCGAUUAACCAUAUUAAUAACGGUAACCACAAAACUACUUUCUAUAGAACACCGUAAGGUAUUUUGAAUGGAGUUCUGGAUAUUUAGUCAAUAUUAUUACGUAUAAGGCUGGACGGAAAUGAGGAAAAAUGAGGGAAAACAAAACGCAGAGAAGUAGGUACGACGCUACGACUUGAGGAAAACUACGAUUUAUUCACUGAAUUUAAAUUGCAACUCCCACACAUCCCGUUACGAAGCGGAAAUCUUUACCAUCAGGAUGGCAAUACCACACAACAAUACAACGUUUAACAUUAGAUUAUCCACCUGAAUUUAAUGUGUAAGGUAUCCGCCAAUCAAAAUGCCGAGGUCUUCUACUUUUGGGAAGAUACCGGCUCGAGUAUCUUUAUACCUAUUAGCGACAACAUGCAUCGCAGUUAGUUUUAUUUUGCGAACGGGGAUGAGUAUAUCAAUAUUGGCGAUGGUUAAGGAAGUACGGAACAAUGAGGAUCUCGCUGCAAACGUCAGUAAAACGUUGUGCUAUGUGAGGAACGAAACAGUUGCCAUAGAGAAAAGCUAUGGUGGUACUUUCCAAUGGUCCAUAGACGUGCAAUACUACAUACUUACCUCCUACUUCUGGACGUACAUUAGUGGACAAGUGGUUGGAGGAAUAACAGCACAUAAAUUUGGUGCAAAGGUCGUGAUUGGUGUAGGAAUGUUCAUCUCGGCAAUAUGUAAUAUAUGCAUUCCGUUUGGAAGCGAGAUGAGCUAUGUGGUUGUGAUUAUUUUGCAACUUUUGAACGGAUUGGGAGCGGGCGUAGUUUGGCCAGCACUAUAUUCUCUAGUAAGUUGGUGGAUACCUAAGCACGAACAAGGUCGGUUUUUGACUUGCUUGCAAGGUUUGUCAAUUGGUAUGGCCAUUUCACUAAUAAUAUCCGGAUUUAUAAUUGCAUCGCUUGGGUGGAAGUACGUAUUCUACGUUUCUGGAACGUUAGGUAUUCUCUGGUGUCUUGCAUGGUACUAUUUAGCAUUCGAUAAACCAGAACUCCAUCCCCGCAUAGAAUACAAAGAAUUAAAUUACAUUUCGAGACACAGAGAAGACGUUUUGGUUGCAAAUAAACGGAUCAUACCUUGGAAGUGCAUUGUCCUGUCUCUCCCGGUUUGGGCCAUUGGGAUAUCCCAGUGUGGUAGAAUGUGGUUUAUCAUAUUAGCGCCAAUCUAUGGACCAAUGUAUCUAAAAUCAAUAAUUGGGUUGAGUGCAGAAAUGAACGGGCUUUGGGGUGGAGUUAUCUCCCUUGGGAACUUCCUCUCUGCCUUAAUAUUUUCGUACGUUGCAGAUAAAUUACUGAUGCACAAUUUUAUUUCGACAAGAAAUAUUCGCAAAUUAUUCACAGCAAUAGGAAUGAUUCUGCCUGGUCUGGGCUGCGUACUCAUAAAUCACUUGGGAUGCGAUAAAUAUUUGAACUUGACUGUGUGGGCUUUUUCACAGAUGCUCUCGAAUGCGUGUUAUCCUGGCGCCAUGGUCAAUAUAGUAGAUAUCGCCCCAAAUUUCACGGGUUCAGUGACAAGCUUUGUUCAGGUGCUGCUGUUACUUCCGACUAUUUUCGCAACUUAUGUCGCAAAAUCUUUCUUCAAUAGUUUGGAUCCAGAGUCAGCUUGGCAGGUAAUAUUUUAUUCUUCAGGUUUAGUGCUGUUGACUUCAUGUUUGUUCUAUCUCGCAUUUGCUUCCGCGGAUGCACAAUCGUGGGACUAUAAAAUCGUGCCUACAGAUGAUGAUGGACAACAUCUUGACCAAGUACAGUUGGCAGAAGAGGAAGAAGCACACAGUUAAAACGUCCUUUGAAGACGUCUGAUUUAUUAAAUUUAUUAAACAUGAAUCUAACAUAAAAUCCCGUUAAAAUGUGUUGUAAUAAAUGUAUCAUACCACGCCUCCUCCUCUAUAAACAGACAGGAGUGCAUGCAUAUAA